GCGGCGGGCGGUAGGAUGGUGCGCGGCGCGGCGGGCGGGCGCGCGGCGACAUGAACGGCUCGGCGCCGCUGGAGUGCGACACGGACGCCGGCGUGGCCGACUCCGACAAGCUGUUCCGCUUCGUGGUGCACGCCGUGCUGCUCAACCUGAUCGGCGCCGGCGGGCUGCUAGGCAACGGGCUGGCCGUGGUGGUGUUGUCGCGCCCGCAGAUGCGCUCCUCCAUCAACUGCCUGCUGGUGGGGCUGGCGGCGUGCGACACCGUGCUCAUCCUCACCUCCGUGCUGCUGUUCGGCCUGACCGCCGUGUACCCGUGGACGGGCGCGCUGCGCUACUACUACUACCACGUGUGCCCGCACAUCACGCCCUACGCCUACCCGCUGGCCAACGCCGCGCAGACCAUGUCCGUGUACCUGACGCUCAUCGUCACCGUGGAGCGCUGGGUCGCCGUGUGCCACCCCUUCCGCGCCAAGGCGCUGUGCACGUCGUCGCGCGCGCGCUGGUACGUGCUGGGCACGGCGGCCUUCGCGCUCGCCUACAACGCGCCCAAGUUCUUCGAGGCCGAGGUAGUGGCGGAGGCUGGCGCCGACGGCGAGGUGAUCUACUGCGUGCGCGCCGACACGCGCUUCCGCACCGACCGCUACGUGGCCGUCUACAUCCACUGGAUGUACCUGGUGGUCAUGUACAUCGUGCCCUUCUCCGCGCUGGCGGCGCUCAACGCACGCAUCGUGCGGCAGGUGCGGCGCGCGCAGGCGGAACGCGCGCGGCUGUCGCGCGUGCAGCGCCGCGAGCUCGGGCUGGCGACGAUGCUGCUGGUGGUGGUGCUCGUGUUCUUCCUGUGCAACCUGCUGCCGCUGGUGACGAACGCGUUCGAGGUGUUCAUGGGCGACGCGUUCGAUGAUCUCGACCCGCUCGUGAAGACGAGCAACCUGCUGGUGACCAUCAACAGCAGCGUCAACUUCGUCAUCUACGUCAUCUUCGGCGAGAAGUUCAAGCGCGUGUUCCUGAAGAUGUUCUGCGGCGGGCGGCUGCGACGGCGCGGGCUGCGCGACUCGCCGGAGCACACGCGCGACGACUCGUUCGCGUCGUGCGGCGAGCGCGUGUCGCUGCGGCUGGCGCGGAACGGCACGCUGCGGCGGUCGGACGGGCGGGCGCCGGGCGGUGUCGGGCGGACGGGGCGCGCGCGGCGCACGACGUCUCCGGCGCCCACCGUGUACUACCCGGCGCCGCCGCCGUCCACGGACGUGUCGCUGGCGUCGUCGGAGGCGCCGGCGGCCGGCCGCUGGAACGGAAACUCGCGCGCGCACUUUUGACGCCGCGACCUCCUCGCCGCCGGCUGCUUAGCGAAUUUUAAUAUAAUUCCAUUGAAGGACAAGUGAAUAGUGAAGGACGGUCGGGGGGGUGUUGUGGAACUGGGAAAUCGUGGGAACUGAAAGUUGUGCAUUCGCCAGUGAACAUUUCCAAUUCGUUUAUAAAAGACAUUAAUAGUUAAAGUUAGGCUUAGUUUCGUCCAUUUCCCUGUGAGCUCGUGUGAGCCUGUAUAUAUCAAUAUGUCAUUUAUAUAAAAUGCAGCAUCGUGUAAAUAUGCCCCUAGCCAGGGACCCGUCGGUAUCGUCGUUCGCGCCGACGACGCAAUGACGCGUCACGGUUGCAUCACCGGCAUGUUUGACAUGAUCUUGUAAUAAAUGUAUUUUAUUUCUUUA